AUUCCCCUACCUCCAUGGGUGCUUGAAGAGAUCAGCAAGAACCCGGACCUUGUCUACACCGACAAAUCAGGAAGUUCAAGUAGGAAUGGGCCCUUGUGGAGAAUUGAGAUACCCAUGGGAAUUGGGGAAUUCCAAUGUUAUGACAAGUAUAUGAGAGCUUCACUCAGAGCAGCAGCUGAAGAAGCAGGAAAUCCGGACUGGGGGAUAGAUGGCCCCAAGGAUUCCGACAACAUCUUAGCAGUUGCUGAAGGGGUAUUCAGAGGGACUGGGGUAAAGCUAUCAAGAAAAGUUGCAGGGAUCCAUUGGCAUUACAAAACGAGGUCUCACGCAGCAGAACUCACAGCAGGAUACUACAACACCAGAAACCGCGACGGUUACCUACCAGUAGCCCAAAUGUUCGCCAAGCAUGGAGUUGUGUUCAACUUCAUAUGCAUGGAAACUUAG